UUAUACUUAUUUAUUUAUAUAUAGCUUGUCUCCCCCUCCUCAUAGACUAGACUUUUAAUUUCACCACAAAAAAAAAAAACCCUAACCAUGCAAAGUAAUCAUUCUAUCACAUACUUAUCUUCUAGUGAAAGUGCCUAUUUUGAAGAUGAACUUUCCACUGUCCUCUCUCUUGGUCCUCCUGGCCAACUAAACUUUCAAAAAAAUGCAAAUAUCGUCCAUGACUACUUUUCUUCUUCUUCUAGUUUCAAAUUUCAAAGUUAUAAUAAUCAUUAUUUUAGUGGUGAUCAAGAAGGUGUCACGGUGGCUCUUCAUAUUGAUUCAUCAAGUACAAGUUCAAACAACAACCACCCUAGUAGAAACAAAGGGGAAAAUAGUAAUAACAAUGUUUCACUAGCGAAUGGACAAUAUUGGAUUCCAACUCCAGCACAAAUCCUUGUUGGACCUACUCAGUUCUCUUGUGCAGUUUGUAGCAAAACAUUCAACAGAUUCAACAACAUGCAGAUGCAUAUGUGGGGGCAUGGAUCACAAUAUAGAAAGGGACCAGAUUCACUAAAAGGGACAAAACAAGCUUCAUCAAUGUUAAGGUUGCCUUGUUAUUGUUGUGCUGAAGGUUGCAAGAACAACAUAGAACAUCCAAGAUCAAAGCCAUUGAAGGAUUUUAGAACUCUCCAAACACACUAUAAAAGAAAGCAUGGGGCAAAACCAUUUAAUUGCAGAAAAUGUGGGAAGAAUUUUGCUGUAAGAGGAGAUUGGAGGACUCAUGAGAAAAAUUGUGGGAAACUUUGGUUUUGUAUUUGUGGUUCUGAUUUUAAGCACAAGAGGUCACUCAAGGACCAUGUUAGAGCUUUUGGUGAUGGACAUGCACCACAUAGUGAGAAUUCUUAUUAUCAUGCUGAAGGAGAAGAGGAAGAGGAAGAGGAAGAAGAAGAUGAUGACGACGACGAACAUGAAAAUGGAACUUUAGAAUAAAAGGGCAUUCCAGUGCACGAAGUAUUUUGCUUUCACGUGGAAUCCACGAAAAUAUCGAAACCCAAGAGAUUGUAAUGUUGGCAGCUAUAAUGAGAGUAACUUUCUUUUUCCUUUGUGAUGAGAGCAAAAGAUUAAAUGGGGUUUAGGGACUUUUUUGGCUUCUUUUGCAAGUAUGUUUUUGUGUGCAUAUGUUCUCUAGGGGAGCAAAGGCUUGAUGAAGACAAAGAGUAGUAAAAUCAAGUUAUCUUUGAGCAUUGAUGUUAAUUUUUGGAAGUGUCAAAUUGCAUAAGUUGGUUGAAGAUUUGUGUAACUCUAUUAGGUUGUUAUUAAUGGUGGUUUAGUUAAUGUAUAUCAACUUUUCACUUAAGGGCAAGGUCUACAUUAAUUGUCCGAAAAGGGUUCAAUUGAAUUUAUUUCGUCAAAAAAUUAAACUGAGCAGAUAGCAGCAUAAAAGACCAUGUUAGAGCUUUUGAAGAUGGACAUGCACCACAUAGUGAAAAUUCUUAAUAUCAUGUUGAAGGAGAAGAGGAUUUAGAAGGAAAUCUUGGUGCUGAUGAUGAACAUGGAAAUUAUGGAACUUAGCUAUAAUGAGAGUAAUUUUCUUUUACUUUGUGAUGAGAGCAGAAAAACAGGAUUU